UUCCCCCUCCCCCGGGCCCCCGGCUCCCGCGGCUGUGCAACAAGAUGGCGGGAUCGGUGGCCGAGAGAGACGAGGUGAAAUUAGAGGAUGGGCAUUUAAACAACUCCUUGGGAUCUCCUGUCCAAACAGAUGUGUACUUUCCGAGACUGAUAGUACCAUUUUGUGGGCAUAUUAAAGGUGGGAUGAGGCCAGGCAAGAAGAUCUUAGUGAUGGGGAUUGUAGACCUCAACCCUCAAAGUUUCGAGAUCAGUUUGACGUGUGGAGACUCCAAAGACCCUCCUGCAGAUGUGGCCAUUGAACUUAAAGCAAUAUUUACAGAUAAACAGCUUCUCAGAAAUUCAUGUAUAGCGGGAGAAAGAGGUGAAGAACAAUCAGCAAUUCCUUAUUUUCCUUUCAUCCCAGACCAACCAUUUAGGGUGGAAAUUCUUUGUGAACACCCACGAUUUAGAGUAUUUGUGGAUGGACACCAACUUUUUGAUUUUUAUCAUCGAAUUGAAACACUGUCUUCAAUUGACACAAUAAAGAUCAAUGGAGACCUCCAGAUCACUAAACUCGGCUGACCUUGGUGCCCAGAUCAUUGUCCCUAUUCCAUAUAGGAACAGAUGCCAUCCUGGAUUGUCUGGAAGAACUAUCCUACCAGGAUAUGGAGACUUAACAAAAACAAAACAGACAAACAAAAAGACAAGCUUCCCAGUCUCUUCUCUGUGUGCAGUUUAAACCCAAAAUGAGGACUUGAACCAUGGCUUACCCUCAUGAAGAAAGCUUUGGGGUAACAGACUGAGCCUUUGUCCUGGAACAAAGUGUAAUACAUUUAUGCUGGAUUUUGUUCCUAUCAAACUAGAAUGGGUUUGGGGUCUUUGUGGUUUGGGGCUAAAUUGGCAGCAGUAUAUUCAUCUUUCCUUUACAGAAGAAUGUCUGCAAACAAAAGUGCUAAAUAAUAAUAAUAAUUUUAAACACGGUACACAGAAAAGUUUUCUUUUGUGCAACCAUUGUUUCUGCACUGAAGUAGAUUCAUGUAGCACAAUCAAUAACAUUUUAGUCAGGGUAUUUACAUAGAAUGUAGGUUGUUCAAGUUUUUUGCACAGCAUAAUACAGUUUUUAAAGCUUUCUUGUAGUUUAUUUAUUUAUACUCAGUAUAUGUAUUAGAAAAAUAAGCAAUUUUAUUGAGUGCAGAGAACAGUGAGUCAUGAAAUUUUGAAUGUACAAAUAACUUAGUUCCAUGAGAUAAAGUAAACUUUUAUCAUUUUUGGAACACAUACAAUUCUAUUUGAAUAAUUGAGUUCUGGUGGUGUCCUUUACACCCCUAAAAUUAAGCUCCUUUGGAAUAGUUGCUAUUAAUACUCGGGGGAGGGGGAGAAGGGAGACUUUGCAGUAAUUUAAGUAAAAUUAUUUCCCAUGCUAUUGGUCAUUACAUUUAACUACAUUUAUAUUGAUUUUGCUCCUUUCUGUGAAUCAACAUAAUACAUAAUAGGGCUUUCCAAAGGAUAAAUUCCUAUGUUUUCCUGGAAUUUAUACCAUGGCUCAUUAUAUAAUUGUUCAAUUAAUUGAAAAUACUUAUAAAAUGAUUGCAAAGACAAUUUUUUAAAAAGUACUUUACAGGGACUUUCAGCAUAUGAUGAAGAGGAUAUUUGUGACAUGAUAGAUAGCAAAUUAAGAUUACCAAGAGAACUUUCUGGAUUUUGAAAUAAGGUUAACAAUGUUUAUGCUGUACUAACAACAGCUGCCAAAUUUCAGAGUUCAGAACACAGGUCUCCUUUCUUUUAUCACUCUUAGCCAUUUCCCUAACCAGUGCCUCCUCUGCUCUGGCUCAUCCGUUCCAGACUGACAGAAUUGAUUAUCUUCUGUCUCUAUUGAUUCGUGCAGGGGGAAAGACUAGGAUUGAGGUUGGAUCCCAACGAAGUAAUUUUAUUUCAAAGAGUUAAUUAACAUUGUCAAAUUUGAGCGAGGAUAGUUUUAGGCCCAGCAGAAUUUUGGUACCAUAAGCUGGCUGAGCUGAUAAACAGACGUGGUUUCUCCAGGGAGAGGUUUAUGCAGGGAAGAUGUAAGGCUUGGACAGGAGUUUCAUCUUGCUAGGCGGUGCUGGUGGCAUUGGUUAGAACUUUAGCUUUAAUAAGUGUCCCUGGGAGAGCAGAGUGUGGCGUGGGAGGAGCUGGAGGACUUCAUUUUGACUCCCACUUUGCUAUCUGUGUGGCCUUGGGUUCUUAUCUGGUCAUAAUAAGGGGGUGUUGGACCAUAUGGAUGAUGGUCUAUAUGAUCCCUUCUAACUCCAAAAUGUAAUGAUCCUAAGAGUGGCUGGGGGGUGGGGUAAGGAUAGGGGUGGGGGAGGUGUGUUUAUAUAUAGUUCAGAUUUUGUUGGUAGAAUACUGAGUCUUGUUACAGUCAUGUUUGCUUUUUAGUUAUUUACACAGCAUGCAGACAUGGAAAUGAGCAGGUUAUUUCCAUUUGUCAAAAGAAGGUAGACAGUGUUUCAGUACCAAAGUUCAAUCUUUAAAAAAAAAAAAUCUUUCUUUAAAAAAAGAAAGAAAAUCACAAUCAUGAGGUUUGAGGAUUCUUUCCCAUCUCAGAAAGUGUCUAACACAGUCUCUCUGUGUUCUAUAAGAAGAUUCUUUAUCCCCCCUCGGAUCCAUUUUGCUCUGAAGAAUUUUGCAUACUAGUUUGUUUCUAUUGCUUUGAUCAACUUUUCUCACCUUUGAGAAGUAUAAAGCCACCUAAUACUGAAGAGAGUUUGUAGGUGGAAAUCUAUUUAUAGCAUCAAUGGGCUCUGCUCAUCAUUAAAUCAUCACUUUUAGAAGGUAGCCCACCAGAUACAUAAUUCAGCAGAAAAUAGAGGGCACUAAAGUGUAAGGCUGAAAACAACUCAAUUCUGCCUACUUAUCACUGAACCAAUUAACAGGUCUUUAGACGGCUUAACAGCAAAGGUACAGUGUUAACCCUUUCAUUUCAAUGCAGAGAGGGCCUUGAGAGUCCAUAAUAAGCCUUUUCAGGAAUGCAUAUUAGCUGUGAAGAAAGCUUGAUUCAAGUGCUGCUUAAUUAUAAGAUGAAUAAUCCUGUGGUUUUAUUCAUUUUUUUAGCUGCAACUUAAAAAUAAUUUUCACCUCUCAUCCUUCUGUGAGGUCUAAGGUGAGAAAUGAAGAUGAGAAAGUACAAUUUAAAACUUCACAAGAAAAUGUAGGCAGUUACUGAACCAGAGCUCUCAUUCCCAACAUGAUUAAAAUCAUCCCAAAUAUCAGAAUUAGUCUAUUCAAAGAUAAGGUAAGUUUACCAGUGGUCCUUACCCUUCUUUAUGUCAUGGACCACUGGCAGCUUAGUGAAACUUAGGGACUCCUUCUCAGAAUAAUUUUUGAUGGCAUAAAAUAAAGUAGAAAGUAUUAAAAAAAAAAAAAAAA